CUCAUGCAUAUGUAUAUAGCAAUUGAGUUUUUAAUUUUAUAAAAUUAAUAAGAAAAGAUUAAUGAUUUUACUCUUUUCUUCUAAUCCUCCUCAACAAAGAGGUUAACCUCCUUCAGACAAAGAAAUGUCCAGUCAUGUUACUCAAGGAACGCCAGAUUAAGAUUCAGAUAUCGAUUGUUUUUCUUCAAAAAUAUAAUUUUGAAAUAUUGAGUAAACAUUUUUAUGUUUUUAAACAUGCCAUCUCUUAACACUAAAAAAAAGUUGAGAUAAACUAUUUUAUUUAUAAUUAAAUGAGAUUCAAAUUAUAAUUUGAUUAGCUAAUUCGCAAUUAGUGACGUAGUGAUUUAGUAUUCCUUGGUUUCCUUUCGUUCGUCGUUUUAAGUGAUUUGAACUUAAAAGAAUACUGCUUACUUUCAGUAAACUACUCUAAAAUUAUUUCGAGGUCUCUUAAAAAUCAAACUUAUUGUUUGCCCAUAAUAUUUCAAUUUUGUAAUAAAAUGAACGACGAAGUGACCCCAACCGAUUGUGUGGAUAUUAAUACAGCUCUUAAAGAAGUAAUGAAAGGUGCUGUAAGGAGUGGUGUAGUGGUCCAUGGAUUAAGGGAAUCAGCAAAAGCAUUAGACAAAAGGCAAGCUCUACUUUGUGUGUUAGCAGACAACUGUGAUGAACCUAUGUAUAAAAAACUUGUUCAAGCACUGUGUUCUGAACACCAAAUUCCUCUUGUUAAGGUUGAUUCAAAUAAGAAAUUGGGGGAAUGGUCUGGUCUUUGCAAAAUUGAUAAAAUAGGAAACCCUAGAAAAAUAGUUGGUUGCUCAUGUGUUGUGAUUAAAGUCAUAAUAAUUAAGUUUACUACCCCAUGUCUGCCUAACAGAGGAGACCUACUCCCAUUUUACAAGUUAUACAAAUGAAAAAGGAUUGGGGAGAUGAUACACCUCAUUUGGAUAUUUUGAAAGAAUAUAUGACAGAGUCUGUCUAAUGAUUUUAUUUUCAAGAAUUUCUUAAGAGGUGAUGAAGCUGUUUUUUAUUUUAUUAGUUUUUUAUUUAAUAUAUUAAUAAUCAUAUUUCAAAGGUUUUGGAAGGCUUUAAAUAAUUAAACUGUACCAUCCUUUCAUUUGUAGUUAUAUCAAAUGUUUGUAAAAUUUAGUAAUAAAAGAUAAUAUACUUUUAA